AAAACGAGGUGUGGUUAGUUUUAUUCCCUCCUUGCUUUGAAGGGUGUGAACCGACGGGAACUAAGCUUACGUGACUUAACGUUACAGAGCCCGGAAAAUCAAAUAGUUUCGUUUUUGACUUCCCUGCGGUCGUAAACAUCUGUGCUUGUUAGGCUACAUCAAGAGCAAUGGCAGAAUUCGUUAAGGCGCAAAUUAAGGGUGACAAAGUAGUCGUGUUUCUGAAGCCGAGCUGUCCUUACUGUGUCCUCGCUAAGGAUGUUUUGUCAAAGUAUAAAUUUAAAAGUGGACACUUAGAGUUGAUUGAUAUCAGCGGACGCAGUGACAUGAGCGGCAUCCAAGACUAUCUUCACCAGAUCACAGGCGCGCGAACCGUUCCUCGGGUCUUCAUAGGCGAACAGUGCAUUGGAGGAGGAAGUGAUGUCGACGGUCUGGACCGUUCUGGAAAACUGGAGGGCAUGUUGCAGGCAAUUGGAUCUCUGCAGUGAAGGGCGUCAAGAAGGGGUCACAUGAUGGUGCAGCGAGACUUGCGGAUCUGCCGUCUGCGUUGCUGGUACUCGCUGAGCUCCUGUAGGUAACCUCUGGAGGGCCAGCGCAGUCGCUCCACCUGCUCGCGCUCCUCAUCUGUCAAAAAAAAGCAUUACAGGAAAAUAUUUCUACAACAUUCCCUCCUGCUGAAUGCCAGUGCAUUUCAACACCGCAUAAUAUCCGUCCACCAGAUUCUUUUUACCUUGUUCUUCAAUUAAAAUAAUGUAAUUGUCUCUAUUUGUUUCGCAUUGAGUGUAUAAGAAAAAUCUGAAGUCUUACAAAAACCUGAAAAUAAAAUAUUUUCCUGUCAAA